AUGGAGGAAGUGGUGUGUUGGCAUUCCUGCGAAAUUUGGAUCAAAGUACCAUAAAACCGUCAAGUCUUCAGACCUCGCGUGUCCACAUACAGCAGCCAGGCAUUUCGUAAUGCAGAAACACCUCUACUAAGCGACAUAUUCUCUCGAUAAACAAGAACAGUGCUGAAGAAGGAGAAUGGGGAAGAAGGAUGCCAGUGCGACCAGAUUACCAGUUGAUCAGUACCGAAAGCAGAUUGGUAAGCAGGAUUACAAAAAGACAAAGUCUGUCUUAAAGGCCACACGGCUGAAAGCUGAAGCAAAGAAGAAUUCCUCAGGAUUCAGGGACGCAUUCCUGGUCAUUGCAGCAAUCCUGUUGUUUGUCUUCUGUGUCUACGCCUUCUUCUACCUCAACCUGAGCACCGAGAUUAACCUGGAUGUGGAUGUGGAUUAAUAAGAGGUGGCCAUUGUGCAGACGACUUUAUUGUUUUCCCACACCAGGACGAAAGAAGGAUGAAGAAGGAACACAUUCAGUCCUAAUGGCCACAAUGGUGACCUAAUGGCCUGUGUUUAGUUUGGGAAUAAUCGACACAGUCUGUCAGCCUUUUUACACAUUUUUGGUGACACGGUGACAAUGACAAGCCUCUUCAGGAGAAAUGACACAAUGCAUCAAAUAACUCAAGUUUCAGGCCACUAUUGAAAUUAGUUUUCUAUCUAGACACAAAAUUUUUUCUUUCCUUUUUAUUUUCUGCAUUUGUAAGGUGAUGUUGUGUCAAAAUGUAAUCAAUGACUCUUAUGAUAACGUGUUUCUGCAUCCAUAAAUGUUAAUUUCUUCUUGAGCCCAGAUCUGAGUAUAGAUUCCCCUUUCCCCGAGAAAGUCAGUGACCUCUUGGAUAACAUUCUGUUGCAAAAUCUACAUUCAGCAAAGGAGAUGAUCCUUCUUCUUUACACAAGUCUUCCAAACUAUAGUCGAGACCAAGCUCUGUUAAUCAGAUUCUGUGGAGUCACAUCCCACUGUUGUCUCCAAAAAUGUAAAUCUCCAGCUGAACCUCUCGUCAUAUGGAGACAAACACUUGCCUCAGAUUCCAGUGCACAAACCUCCCCUCCUGGAUAUCUGGAGAUCACAAAGUGUGAGAUUAGAAUCCACAAAGCCCUCGUCCUGAUUGAACAUGUGUACAGAAUACAGAAUAACACAUUGUACCUGCAGCACAUACAUGCAGCACGGACAUCCACAGGAUUAGCAUUACAAAUAACAACCUACUCUUUCAUUUGAAUUGAAAUUACAGAGAUGAAUGGUUACUGAAUAGAAGUGAGUCUACAUGUUUCUUAUAUGGAACACCUUGAUCAUUUCCCUUGUCAGAUGUAUUUAUUGUUGUGAUGCGUCUCUAUAGAAAGGAAUAUGAAGGUUUGUCAAAGCCUCUUUAUCCCACGGAUCUCACUUAACUCUUUGUGCACUAGUACUGCAAGGCUUAACCUUUUCGGUCCCUGUGCUUCCACUGUUUGCUAACAAAGAAGAAAGAAUCUCUCAAACGAGUGCAGAGUUUGGGGGCUUUGUGUUUUUUGUUUGAAAUUGCACAUUUAUUUUCAUAUUAUCACGUUCUAUUCCAUGUUUUUCUCAGCUAGCUAACUAGCAAAAGCAAUACUGUUGUCUAAAAGGCAAUUGAUGCAUUGUUUUGGAUGUGACUCUAUUAUUAGUGCACUGCAUAAAAGGCCAAGACCAAAUACACAAGAGGCCUUGUGACGUCUUUCAUUCCUAACAAGUUUUUUUCCCACCACUGAGUCGCUUUAAAAACAAGUCUCAUGUCUGUGCCUGACUGUGUUCUGUGUAUUGGCUGACAUGAUUCUCGAAAUGUGAGACCGAUUUUGAGGUUUUCUCCCAUGACCUCCCGACCUCUAGUAAAAGACUAAAUGUCCAAGAAACCAUUAUGAUAAGUGUGCACCCGUACCGUCACCCAGUGGUUUUUAUCUGGCCUUGGUACAUCCAGAACCCUUCCUCCACCACUAUGAGUCACUCAUGUGUAACAAUAGAUAGCCCGACCUAAUAGACCUUCAUAUGUGACACCUGUUAUCUAAAAGGUCAUCAUUACCAACUACUGACAUUAGCACAAUGGAAAGAAUCUGGCUGCACAACCUAUUUAUUUACACCCAUGUUUGGCAGGAUGACAUGCAAGCUAUUUUUCACAAUAAUGUAAUGUAAUGGUUAGUGCGAUUAUUCAAUCGGCUCAUAUGGUAUAUAAAUAUUUUACGGUUUGCUUUGUCAUCAUGAUUCCAUUAUAUUAUGACUUAUUUGUUGUGUGUUUUUUGUUUCAUUGCUUUUAAAAUCAAAUGCAUGAAUCUCUUUGUAAGGAAAUACAAAUAAUGCAUAAUGUGAAAAAAGAUUAAAGGACCUUCUCAGUUUUCAGUAAAUGUAUUUGAAUGUUAUCAGGUUAGUGUGAACCAAGAUAUGCAUCAGCUUCUGGCUACAUGACCUUAGAGAAAAUUAGCAUAUUGUAUACAUUUCUGGAAUUUCCACUUUAAAAACUGAACCCUUUAGCUAAUGGCUCUGGUGCAGAGAAAGUGUCAUGAACGUCAACAGCCGGCAGUGACUCUGACUUUUUUUUUUCAAAUGCUUGAACAUAUCUAAGCCCAUUUGUCUUUGUGGUGUAUUCAAUUGAACAUAAGGUUGAAAAGGAUUUGCAAAUGAAUGUAUUCUGGUUUUAUUUUACAUUUUACACAACGUCCCAACUUCAUUGGAAUUGGGGUUGUAUGUUGCAACGGUAUUUCUGUAAUUGUAACAAUAUAAAGUAAGGGUUGCAUUUAAACAGUGUAGCAGCUGAUUAGGCAUUUAAUUUGGAUACUUUACAUAACACCUUGAUAUUAUCUUAACUACCUGUAAUGUUUUAUGUUUCUUUAUCCCUGAAGGUUUAUAUUUAGUUGUUAAAUGCACAUGCAGCCAUUACUUUGAGUCUUAAAAGUUAAUAAAUAAAAAAAUCCUAGUGUCAAUUUA